AUGUUACGAUUAGCACUAAUCCAAAUGCUUGUCGGUGCAGAUAAAGCUGCCAACUUGAAACGUGCCACUGAUUUAAUCAGUCGAGCUGUAACUGAACACUCACCUCAACUUGUAUGUCUUCCAGAAUUUUUUAAUUCACCAAUCGGUGCAAAAUAUUUGGAGUCGUAUGCAGAAGAUGUACCAAAUGGUCCCACGUGUAAAUUAUUAUCAGAUAUAGCUAAACAACAUAAAAUAUGGCUUGUUGGUGGAUCUAUACCAGAGCGUGGUUGUGAUGGUAAAUUCUACAACUGUAGUGCAACAUACAACUCCAAUGGUGAAUUAGUCGGUCUCUAUCGUAAACUUCACUUAUUCGAUAUUGAUAUACCAGGUCAAUUCACAUUUAAAGAAUCUGCAUCCCUUAGUUCUGGAAAAGAUUUAUUCUAUUUUGAAAUGCCUCUUGACAGUGCAGAGAAUAAGACGUCGGUGAUAAGAGUUGGAUUGGCUAUUUGUUAUGAUAUACGUUUUCCUGAAUUAUCACUUGUCUAUGCUAAUCAGUUGGGCUGUCAAUUAAUAUUGUUUCCAGCUGCAUUCACUCCUAAAACUGGACCUAUGCAUUGGGAAUUGUUAGGUCGUGCUCGAGCGCUAGAUACACAGUCUUAUAUUGGCUUGUGUAGUCCAGCGUGUAAUUUAGAAUUGGAUUAUAUUAGUCAUGCUGAAUCGUUGAUCACUUCACCAUGGGGUAUGGUUAUAGCUAAAGCUGGCAAAGAGGAGGCGAUUGUCACAGCUAACUUAGAUUUCAGUGAAUUGAAACGUGUUCGUGAAAGUAUACCCAUCGGGAGACAAAGACGCUUAGAUAUAUACAGUGCACCGAAAAUAGUUAAAAAGCAAUGA